CCGUGUGCAUGUGAACGAGCGGCGUGGCUGUGCAAUGGCCCGAUGUGACUUGGGGCGGUGCGCGUACGUUCUCACUGCACUGUUGUAGUAAACGACGGAUCUCAUUUGUCGUGCAAUGGGCUGUAAUGAUCGCUGCCCAAAGGAGCAUGCCUGGCUCUCGACAGUUCACCGGGAAUGCUCGUCUCUCGCGCCUCAUCGCCGUGCGCUUCCAGCUCAACCUCCUCAUGCACCCCAUGCACCUCAUCACGCGCGCCGAUGCGGAGAGUGCCCGCUUGAUCUCAUCCACCGUUGGCACGAGGGACCACCCGUUCAUACUGGUAAUGGGUGUGACAUCAUGCGACAAGGCGCUCGCGGAGGCAGUUGAAGAUGCUGAGGCGUGUGGUGAUGGUGCCGCAGAGGUGAGCUGGAUCGAGGCCGAGCGGCUCGCGCGCAACAAGCUUGUCACGAUGAAAUGGUUGAGCGGGAUAUCCACCGCUCGGCGAUCAAGGACGACGCGGCUGUUAAAAGCUACCUUGCUACUGCUGAGGGCAAGUCCAAUGCCGACGUGCGCGACAUCGCCAAGGACAUCCUCGGCGAGCCCGUCUUCUGGGACUGGGACCGUGCGUAUCCACUGCGCAGCCAGCCUGCGCGUGCCUGUUCAAUGAGGCCUGCGGAAGUCGAGACUCCAAGUUCAUGCGCGGCGCGUGACACUGGUCUUCGAAUGCCUAACUGUGUAUGGCUGAAUUGCCGGGGAGCGUGA